CACACACACACACACACACACACACACACACACACACACACACACACACACACACACACACACAGCCAUCUUGGAUCUAAGCGUGGAAAGAGAAAUUAAUGCGGUGACUAAGGCAUGUUUAGUGCCACAAGAAAGAAGUUUAUGGAGGGGCUCGAUAAUGAAUACCCAGACGACAACUUGUACUACAGCCAGCCAUCGAUUUUCACACAUCGAUCUGAGAAAGAUAUGCUGUCAUCUUCGUCUCCAUCAUCAUUGGGUCAGCUGUCACAGCUGGGCCCAAGUUUACAUGGCUCACAAAAUCAUUUAGGCUUCCCGAUGAGAGGGAUGAACAACAACGUGCAACUUAAUCGCAAUCUAGCACAAAGCACGCAGUUACCUAGUCACGUCACAGCUACCACCAGUGUCCCAACAUUGUCCCUCUAUACUCCAAGCUCGCCGAGUAGAGGAAUUUUGCCGACGAACACGAGGAACAUGAUGAAUCACUCGCAGACGGGGUCGAGCAUAUCGAUGAACGGAUGGAGCAACAGCAUGAGCAGCUCAGGCCUGGGAAGCCCGACUCACAGCUCACCCAGCACCAUCUGCAUGCCCAAGCAGCAGCAGGCCAGGCAGUCACUCACUAUUAACAGUAUGUCGGGGUUUGGAAUGGGGCGGAAUCCUGCGUUCGCUUUAAGCAAUUUAUUCUCAAGUAGCAUCUUUAAUGGAACCGACGGGAGUGAAAACGUGACCGGGCUGGACCUGUCCGAUUUUCCUGUCUUAGCCGAUAGGAGUCGAAGGGAAGGAAGUGGCAACCCGACACCACUAAUCAACCCGCUGGCUGGGAGGGCUCCAUAUGUUGGAAUGAUCACAAAGCCGACACACGAGCAGUCCCAAGACUUCUCCAUCCACAAUGAGGACUUUCCUGCACUUCCUGGACACAACUAUAAGGAUCCCACAUGUAGCAUUGAUGAUAGCAAAUCGAACUUAAACUCCUUGUGCAGUAAAAACAUCGAUGGUCUCAAGUUCCCAGGGGACAAGAGCUUAACGCAACAGAACAACAAUCAUCAGAAGAAAGGAAUUCAGGUGCUGCCUGAUGGCCAAGUGACGAACAUUCCAUCUGGCAUGGUGACAGAUCAGUUCGGGAUGAUUGGCUUGUUGAUGUUUAUUCGGGCAGCAGAGACAGACCCAGGCAUGGUUCACUUAGCGUUGGGCAGCGACUUGACCACGCUCGGCCUCAACCUUAACUCACCAGAAAACCUUUAUCCCAAGUUUGCUUCUCCUUGGUCCUCCACACCUUGUCGGCCUCAAGACAUCGACUUUCACGUUCCAUCAGAAUAUUUAACAAACAUCCAGAUAAGAGACAAGCUUGCUGCAGUAAAACUCGCACGAUACGGAGAAGACCUGCUCUUCUACCUUUACUACAUGAAUGGUGGAGACCUGCUGCAGCUUUUAGCGGCAGUCGAGCUUUUCAAUCGUGACUGGAGGUACCACAAAGAAGAGAGGGUGUGGAUCACACGAGCACCGGGAAUGGAACCUGUGAUGAAGGCCAACACCUAUGAAAGGGGGACGUACUACUUCUUUGACUGUCUUAACUGGAGAAAAGUAGCCAAGGAAUUUCACCUAGAGUACGACAAACUUGAAGAGCGGCCACUCGUCCCGUCGACGUUCAACUACAACCCGGCCCAGCAAGCCUUCUGAGAGACUCUCCCCUAAUGAAGAGAGGUUUGUCUCGACUUGGCACCGAAUGAAUCUACGGGUAUAGGUGCCAGCGUAUUUUUAUUUUUUUUUGUUAUUUUAUUUCUUUUUAUUUAAAAUUUGAUUCUAUUACAAAUUUGAUACUACUACAAUCUGAAAAAAUACAGUCUCGUGAGCUGUGCUGUUCAGAGUCGGGUUGCUACAGUACCUCCACAAUGCUGUUCGUCCCCUUUUAUUUUAUUUUUUUUUUUAAUUCCUGCCCUUCAAGCGCACAUUGAAACAGAACGACGGAUAAAAAUCAAACGCAUUAUGGUGUAACGCCUAGAAGAGAUUGCUAUGUUUAUUUGUUAGAAAACUAAUGAAAAAAAAAAAUGAUCACAGCUUAUGUCCAUAUUUUAUUAUUGACCUACUGUCUUAAAAGAAUUUUAAUUUCCAUUGUUUGUAUUCAAAACUUCAAUAUAACCACUGCCUUUGAUUUCCCUGCCCCGUUAUUAAACGUCGAAAUACUUUGAGAAGAAAUCCUUGCAAAUCUGAUUCAGGUUUUCUGAUUGGUCAAGAAUUCACUCUGAACAAUGAAAACACUGUCUGGUCUUUGUUACGAUUUUGUAAUAAGAGUGUAUUUUUUUUGGAAAUCAGGUGAAGAUUCAUAUGUAUGUAUGUACAUAUUAUAAGUUUGAAAAAAAAAAUUGCUGCCGUGUUGUACCUCAUUUUUAAGAGGUUCGCAUGGAUGCAGUAUGUUUAAGGGGGGGGAACUUUGCUGGAGCUGCUAGGCUUGGGGACCAUACACUGGCAUCCUGAGAAUCAAGGACAUCCAUAGCCUUAUGACCGAGGGGAGGAGAAAUAAUUACAAUAAGACUGUGGCACUUCACCAGCUGUUUUCAACAAAGGGAAACCCAAUAAAAAAAGAAUUAUAGUUAC